AUGAUAAGUUCGAUCGGGUUUCUUCCGACCGGUACUUCAAUGGAAAAACUGAAGAGCUUUGUGGUGGACAAGGACAUCCAUGAGGCUCUGGGAUACCUCAAUAUUCCGGUUGUCGACAAGUCGGAAACAUUCUGCGAUGACGAUGUCGAUGAAUCCGAGGAGAUAGUGGAAAAUGACAUUGUGAUUUUCUGCACUCCAAACGAGAGUGAUGUGAGUUUUCUCCAGUUUUAUGUGCAGAACAGAGAAUGCACAAACAUGUUCUUGCACCAUGACACAUAUGUGUUCAGCACUAUUUGCGAUGCCAAGCAUGUUACUAUUGGAGGAGCGCCAUAUGUUGCACUGGGGACAUUUGAGAGGGACAUCAUGGUGUUCGAUCCGUUUAUUCGGAACCCCAUACUUCCCCAGGUCCUUCUGAAGGGGCACUCGGAGGCUGUUUUGUCUAUGGGAUGCUGGAGCGGAGUACUCUUCAGCGGAGGCCUUGAUUCGACCAUCAUUGAAUGGGAUGUCGAAAAGGCUGAACCCAAGAGCAUCACAAAGGCUGGAGGGCCUGUGAAUAAGCUCAGCAUUUUCAAUUCAACGCCGAUUUACUCCGUGGAGAGUUCUUUGCACUGCCUGGGAAAAGAGAUUAAGUUUGAUGGGGAGGUUGAGAGAAUAAAGAUCAAAGAGAACGCGAUGCUUGUGUCUGACUCGACUGGAGUCUUGCGAUGGUAUGACCUAAGGCAGAUGGGGGAUGCCGUUAGAUCGAAGAAGAUACAUGAAGAUUCAAUUACAGGGAUUGAUGUAUUUGGAGGCAAUGCAUAUACAGGAUCUCUUGAUGGAAGUAUAAAGGUUGUGAGUCUCGAAACACUUGAUGUGGUGAGCAGCAGAAGCGUUGGAGAAAAGGUGUUUGCACUGAAAGUGCAUGAGGACGGGUUUUAUGUGUAUGGAGGAGAGAAGAACGAACUAGUGCUGAACUACAUAGACGGGUCUCCUGAAGAAAAGAGUCUUCAAUAA